AUGGCAGCAAAGACUUCGUCGCAGAGAAGACAGCGAGAAAGAAACAGACGGCUGUUUACUUCUUCCAAACACAAGACAACCAGAAGCGAUCUCAACUGCAACCCCCUUUCUUCAUCUAUCUAUCUAUCUAUCUAUCUAUCUAUCUAUCUAUCUAUCUAUCUAUCUAUCUAUCUAUAUAAACACGUAUCAGACAUAGCGGCAUUUUCCCUUUUUAUUUUCUUUCUUUGCCUCUUUUUCUUUUUUCUUCAUUUUUUAUCAUACCUUCUAUCUUUCUUAACACCCUUUUUCCUUUUCAUCAACAAUUCAAAAAAGCAAGCGGAAUUUCUUUUCUUUUUUUUUUCAAUUCCCACGCCUAUUAACAUUUUUUUUAAAUACGUAAAUCUGUUUUCUUUCUUUCUUUUUUCUUUCUUACUUUUUUCUUUCUUGCUUGAUUCUUUCUUUCUUUCUUUCUUUCUUUCUUUUUUUCUUUUCUUUUCUUUCUUUCUCCGUUUCUUUUUUCUUUCUUUUUUUCACAAGCUAACAUUUCAAUCGUCUAACAAUUGUACAUACAAUGAAUUAAUUGAAACAUUAUCUAUCUAUCUAUCUAUCUAUCUAUCUAUCUAUCUAUCUAAACUAAAUAUCUAUCUAUCUAUCUAUCUAUCUAAACUAAAUAUAUUUUAUCUAUCUGUCUAUCUAUCUAUCUAUCUAAACUAA